AGCUGCAAACAAGCCUGAAACAACAUGGUUGUGUCUAAGAUGUCUGUCGGCUGUUCUGUAGUUGGGGAUGGGAUGGUAGGAAAAUCGAGUCUCAUCCAGACCUUUGUGAACAAAGUACCUUCUGAAGGAUAUUUGGCGACAGUGGUGGAGAAUUUCGUUGCUUCCGUCUCAGCUUAUGGAGACCAUUAUUUGGUCAACAUUACAGAUUUUGGUGGAGAGCACCAAAUGGACUUUUUAAGGACAACAAAUAAAAACCGAGAUGUCUUUGUCGUCUGCUACAGUGUUGUGGAUCGGGAAUCUUUCAGGAAUGCAAAAGGUUUCUGGAUACCAUCCAUCAAAAACCUGAAUAAGAGACAAAACAUCAUCCUUGUGGCCACACACGUGGAUCUUAGAGAAGGUGAUGACCCUGAUCACGUGACAUUUGAUGAAGGCUUUGAACUGUGCAAAUUGAUUGGUGGAAAGUGUUUUACUGAGUGUUCCUCAAAAGACAAAGUUCGAAUCCACCAGGUAUUUGAGAGUGUCGUAUCUACUGCUCUGGCACAAAAGAAAGGGCUUUUCAAUGUCAUUAAAAGGAUUACUGGACGCUGAAAAAAAUAACAAUUCAAGUUUCACCCGAGAAACUGGAAGAAACUACAGUUACUGCAGCCUGCACCACCUGAAUGGAAUAUCAUGAUGCUAGGUUAAUACACUUUGAUGUAUGGGGCGCAUGCACGUGAUGCGUGGGAUAAGGCACGAGA